UGCCACCUGAAACCUAUAGAUUACAAUAGACAAAGUUUAUUCAUGGCAUCAGAGAAGGAUAUUGUCAAUGGAGAUUGGAGACUGUAGGAAUAUUUCUUUACUUUUUGGUGUGAGGGAUGAAAGAUUUUAGGUUAUGUGAAACAUGGUUACUGGUUUGAGGAGGCACAAGGUGAUUAGAACAUGGCGUUUGAGAAAAUCGUUGCAAAUGAUAGUAAGAAAGUGCUAUGUGCUACGAUCUUUGAAGUACAUAAUAGCUAAUGUGGUAGAUAGAAAUAAUGGACGGAUUGUCGCAAUUGCGUCCACAGUCGAACACUCCAUCAAAGGCUCACUUGAAUGUGGCCGGUCUUGCAAUGCUAAGACAGCAGCCGUUGUUGGAGAGGUGUUGGCUAUGCGACUCAAAGUCGAUGGUCUCAACAGGGGCAAGGAAGAGGCAUUCACGCAAACAUAAAAAAGGAAAUCGAGAAGAAAGGCUUUAGAAACCACACAAAAAUCUGGGCUAUAUUCGCUCAAGAAUAACGGAGUUAACUUAUACUCGACAACAAUGUUGACGAGACAUCUCGGUCAAGCUUUCAAUAAGCUCCUAAGGCAAAUCUUAUCAUCCUUCCCUAGAUGACUAGAGCUUAACUAGUCAUGAGGAAAGACUAGAUGCUGCUAAAAUGGAAGGAACUAUCUUUAUUAGUUACAAUCAGAUUAAACAUCACUCACUCAUCCUAUUUGGAAGUUUAUGAAGUAGAGACAACUUUUUAUCUCCACUUCUUAAAUGGUGGCAUAGUGAUAGUGAUACCAUAACCCACUUGGGGUAAUGAUGAUGUUAUAUCACAGUGAAAUGGCCUUUUAUGAUCAUCACAACUCUACAUUACUUUCUCCUCUUUCUUCCAUGUAUUACUUUAGUUUUCUUUUUCUCCAUUAGAUUAGCUUUGGUUUUCUGGUUUAAGAGGCUCUCUUUCUUGCU